AUGUUUUAUUUGAGUAGAGCAGUUGUGAAUACAGAUUUAUACAUGAGAGUACUCUGCAGUCCAUCAGAUGUCUAUCUGGUGCAGUCCUCGUCGAUAGCUGUUUACGAGAUCAGGUAUAGAAGACUAGCAUAUGUGAAGAGGGUGAAGUUCUUUGAUGUAAUCAAGUCAGCAGCCAUUGUUGGCGAUGAGCUUCUUGUUGCCUUCAACGGGUAUUUUGUACUUUUGGACAGGCUCUUGAAUGAAAAGACUCGCCACAGGCUUGGAAGAAGUUCUAUGGACUACAGACAUGCUGGGGCAUACAUUGGGUGUGGAGAGAACAGUAUCUGCCUUGCAUCUUUUUUUGGGCAUACUGUUUUUUGUGCUUUGGAGGACGGGAUGCAAGAUUUCAUCGAAUGCUCUUCUGAUGGGAGUACCAUCAUAGAUCUCAAGGCGGUAGAGGGCACAAAACGCUAUCUUUUACUCGAGAGGAGUUGCCAUGGUGGAACGGUUGUCAAAAUUUAUGAGCAUAUGGCAGAAGUGGUGAAGGUAGUGAGGGAGGUAAGCGUUCCUGGGGGGUACCUAAUUGUUCCGCUGGGAGAUAACUUUGCGAUAUUCUCGAGGGACGGGAUGUUUCUUUUUAGAGGUCUCGAGGAGAUUGAAAUUUACAGAAUUUCUAGGGGAUUAUCUGGAGACCUGGUUCUUCUUAAGGAAAGCGGAGAGCAUGGAUGUGCCAGUGGACUUGAGACUAGGAUGUUUACAUGCUAUGGAUCUUAUUAUGAUGGAGAAUGCCUGUUAACGUUAGUGGUGGAUGAAGAGGGUGAGCUUUACAACCUUGAGGCUAACCCGUCUUUGAGGCAUGUUGGUAAGAUAAAUCCAUCCAAAGAUGUAGAAAUACAUCCUUCUGGGUUCCUGAUCUCCAUAGGUUACAAUUCUAACAACUGCAUGUACUGUCUAAAAAAGGAAGGCCCGAAUGUCAGGAUUGAGCUAGUCGAUGUUCUUGAGACGAUCAAAAGAUUCAGUACCGCGACAGUAACGUUUGACGGACUAUACCAUGUGUAUGUUUCUGAUGGCUGUUAUGUCGGGGAAAUUGUAGAAAAGGCAUCUUUCUUCUUCUUGAAUGAGCUGAAGCUUUUUAGAAACGAGGAGGAGAGGGUGGUGAGGAGUGUGCUUGGCUGUGGAAUGUUUGUAUGUGCCCAAUACGAUGAAGAGGCCCAUUGUCUUUUUCUAGAAGGAGAAAGGCUGAGGAGCUUGUAUAAGUUUGUAGCUAGAGACGAGAUAGUUGGAUAUUUCAGAUUAGGAAAAACUGACUUCUACGUGACGGCAGAAACAGUGAAGGCCUGUGAUGCGAAUGGUAGAGAUGGACUAGUGAUGAAGGAGUAUAAAGUGGACUAUGAUUCGUUUUCGUCGAACGGUCACUGCAUAUUUCUUGGGCAUAAAAACAAAAUAGUUAAGCUGGGGCCUGAAGGGCUAGAAACCAUUGAGAUAGGGUUUUCUAUUAAGGAAAUAGAGGCAGACGAAAGACACUUAUUUAUAUUGACUGGAAAAAGAGUUCUUAGGGUAUACAGGAUCCAUGAUAGGAAGUUUGUGUUUAUUCAAUCAUUCCAUUUUGAUGUGAUAUUUUUAUCUUUUGCUGAUGGAUGUCUAUACACGAUUGGAGCAGAGAUACAUAGAUUUACAAUCAACGAGGAUGGCUCUCUCUCUCUGCCUUCUAGGCUGAAGUCCACUGGAAGGCCUAUCGGAAAGAAGAGAGGCCUUGUGAUACUUGAAGAAGGAAUUGUAGAUCUCAAAGACGGAAAGGUUUUGAAUGUAGAUGGGUGGAAGAGUGCUUUCGCAGGGGACAUGCUGGUGAUUGCCAAUGAGUAUGGGCUAAAGGUUUAUGGGUGUAGGAAAGAAAGAGUAUUCCUGGUCGACGAUGCACUUGACACUGGAGGGGAAUAUAAGAUCAUAGGUAGAGAAUCUGUGUAUAUUGAUAAUGGAAUUGAUGAUUUCAGGAUAAGGAGAUUCGACAAGUCUCUAGUGAUGGAGGGCCGCGGAAAAGCCAUGGACUUUUCUUCUUCAGAAUACCAAAUCGUCUCUGUAUGCGUUGAAGAGUCUGGACGCGAGGAUUCCAAAGCUUACUUCCUGAAGGUAUACAGAAAAGGAAACUUUCUGUACGAUUUUGGAAUGUCCUGCAGAGUUGGGGUGAUUUGCACGAAUGGAAAAGAGGUUUACUGUGGAGUGGAAGAUAGGCUGUACUGCUAUGAAGUGGGGAUAAAAGCAUUGCUCAGGAAGUUUAAGCUAAAGUUUCCGUCAAGGAUAAGCAGAGUGUGUGCUGGUGAGGCUCGAGUGUUUAUAGGAACGGAAAAGGACUCGGUGUUUAUGGUGGCGGGCAGAAGAGUAAUAUGCGGGGAUCCAUUUCCAAGACACGUGGUUGCCUUGGAGAGGAUGAGCGAUGGAAAUUUGUUAGUUGGGGAUAGGACUGGAAAUAUAGCUGUUAUGAAGAUAGUAGGCGACUCUCUGGUUUCUGCUGCUUCGAUAUUUAUUAAUGACAUGGUCGUUCAGUUUAUUUCUCAGGACAGGAUUUUUGGAGUAUGCAUGAGUGGUAAGGUAGUUGAGGUGAUAAGGAUUGAUGAAGAAUUGUUUGAGCUUCUUGAAAUGAUUGGGGGGAAAAUAGCAGAGGGUCUGGGCAGACCGUUUUUCCAGGCUUUCAGAAGAAAUAGAUUUAUUGAUGCAGAGUACGUUGGAGAGUUUAAUAGGCUGGAGGAGAAACAAAUCAAAGAGGUAUUUGAGGGGGGCAGUACCAGUAUAGAAAAGAUACUUGAGAUCAUCAAUUCGAUUUGA